AUGAAAUUGCGCAGCCAAUCCUACCGCGAAAUGGUUAAAAUACUCAAAGACGCUGGUGUCUAUGUGGAAGGAAUGCAAACUUCAGAGCUUAAGCAGCUUUUGCAGACCGUAGAAAUGUCCACCAUGGAGCAAAUCGAGGCAAACCAGGAAAACCAGAAUUUCGAAACUGCCCGCAAUGAGGGCGAGCUGGAGGUUAAUUCAUCGCACCCCGUGGAGGUCCACCAAUCGACUACCGACAUGCUGCCGUCUGUGCUGACGCCUCGUUUCUCGCUUGCGCCCAUGGCUGGUGAUGUGGGUGUGGAUGUCUCUCAGCCUGGUUGCGAUAGUCCUUCCAGUGAGCCCCUUCUUCUGUCGCCUCGUUUCUCGCUUUCGCCCAUCGCUAGUGAUGUGGGUGUGGAUGUCUCACAGCCUGAUUGCGAUAGUCCUCCCAGUGAGCCCCUUCUGCUGACUGUUCGUGCAGUUGUACAUCAUGCCCUUGACUGGAGCCCCUCGGCCGAGCGUCAGACUGUACGCGAGCGUCAGACUGUACGCGAGCGCAGUGCAGACGGGAACAGCCGCGUACUCCGUUCGCAUUCGAGGCGUGUCCAAACCAACAACAAAAACAAUACCUACAGUAGCAACGAUCAUUCAUCCCCAUCCACUUUAUAA